AUGGCAUUUAUCAUGAACCGCGUCCAGCGGAUCAGCUCCAUUUCGGAGGCCGACUGCAAGAAAAUCGAGCAGCGGAGAAGGGCCUACAAACAGACGAGCUAUUGCUCAGUUGAUUCUACCGAUUCUGGGAUUUUGACUGAUUACGAGCCAACCGCGUCUAGACGCGAAUCAGAGAUUGUCGCUGAGGAGCGACUCGUACUCGAUCAUUUUUAUGACCUCGACAUAAGCGCGGAAAAAUUGGGACAGGUGAAAAAACUUCUACGAAAAGGCGGCUGGCCGGUCAGUCAUGAAGUGCGGCAAAAGCUGUGGACCAUCCUGUGCACGGACAAGAAUUACGACAGUAUGCGAACGGUUUACGAGCACAAACUCAGGGAGGAGACGUCAGGAGCGCAGCAUGCCAAAGUCCACCACCCAGUUUUCCUGAAGGACGAGGGAGCGGUGCACAACAGUUUUGAUCUCAAUGAAGAUGGCACGAUGAGGUUGUUGCGGCUCCUCUCGAUGAUUGAGAACGACCAUCCCACGUUGACUUCAGCACCCUUCCUCUACCCUCUCUGCGCGCUGUUGCUGCACUACAUGUCCGACGGCGAGGCGUACGCGUGCACCGAGUUUUUGCUGAGAAAGGGGUUCCUCAUCAAGUCGACGAAGGAGUGGUACGCCACGGCUCAUACGCUUUUGGCGCUCAUCAAGAAACAUAAAACAUCAACUUAUUCGUUGCUGAAAAAGCGGUGCAAUACUUCCGACGAUGCCGUGAUGGUCGAGACGAUGCGUGACUACUUGCAAUGGAUUUUCCGCGGCCUUCCACUCCCGUACGUCGUGCGCGUGUUGGACUGUUUCCUCGUCGAAGGCCAGAAAUUCUUAAUGCGUGCCGCCAUUGCUAUCGUCUACAUUUGGUCGAAGAUGCAGAAGGACGCCAACGAUGAACGCUACUCCGGAAUGGGCCAACAAGAACGCAUUCAAGCCGUCAAAGAAGACUUGCUUGCCACCGCCAGGCAGUGCCAGAUUUCCCCCGACACCUUCAUCGAAACCUGCAUCCGGAUCCGAAACCUGAAAAGCGCCACGAUUCAGCGCUACCAGGAGCACUAUGAGAAAGUGGUUGCCAACGAGGUCGAGGAGCGAGCCAGCAAAUCCCUCAGCCGCCGCCCGAAGGCCCGCCUCUUCACGGACGUUUUUCAGAGCGUGAUUGUUGACGCCGAGCAAGCCUCAUUCAUCAUGCAAUCCCUACCGCCCCGUCUCCAGCUCAGCACCCCGCAGCUCCUAUUCAGGCUCAGCAAAGACGGAGCGUCAUUUACGCAGCUGUGGAAUAAGGUCGACGAAGCCGACCAGUCGAUCAUCAUCAUCCGAUCAGUCAUGGGAGAAGUGUUCGGGGCCUACUGUAGCGCCUCGUGGUCCGAGCGGAAUGAUAGACACGAGCGGACGAGGACGAAGUACUUCGGCACCGGCGAGAGCUUCGUGUUCAGGGUGGAUAAAAAUGACAUUGCUGACCUGCCGAUCAUCUACAACUGGGUGGGGACGAGCGGGGAGCAGCCCGAUCAGGCGUGUCAGAUGUUUAUGGCGGCUGGUGAUAAAUAUCUUAUUAUCGGUUCCGGAAACGGGGACGCCAUCCGCAUCUCCGAAGAAUUGUCCAACGGCAUCACCAACGGCUCCGCCACGUUCGGAAGCCCGCCCCUCGUCGCCUCCACCGCCUUUGAGAUCCACGAGUUGGAGGUGUUCAACGUGAGCACGGCGCAG